AUGCGUUCAACACCAAGAUCCCACCAAAGUCCUUCCUAUUGUUUGAGGUCCGCAAUCACCUUGGACCUCACACGAUUCUCCCAUAACUCAGUCCCCAAAGUUUCCAACCUAGUAAAGAAGUUGGAGAUUUGCCAGCCAGGAAACUUUGCUUCGUACCCCCAAGCAAAGACUGGGAGUGGAGGGAGAUUCCUCUGCAAAGAUCUGUUUCUGGACAAUAACCCCCAGAGCGCCGCGAGCGCAGGCUCGGGCUCCGGCCCCCGGCCCGGCUCCGCUGCCCGGCCGGGUCCCCUCGGCGCGGGAUGGGCACCGACCCUCAGCAUCAGCCGAGACGGCGGGCGGGCGGGAGACCCCAAGGCCUGGACGCCGCCGCACACAGCGUGGUCGCCUCGCUGCUCCGGCACGGCUCGCCCAGGGCGGACUGGGGCGGCUUGGACCCCCCUCCCACCCACCCCACCCACCCACCCCUCCCCCACACCCCCGCCCCCUGCCCUUCCCGAGGGCAGCAGCCGCGGCCCGGAGAUAAGCGCUAGCGCAGCGCGGGGCUCUGCCUGGGCUAGUGGCACCGACUUGGGCAAGAUUUAUGACUCCGCGCCCCAAAGCUGUAAACAGAGCACAAAACAGCAAACACUUGCUCCUUAUGGCAUAUUGCAGCGGCGCAACUUGAAAGCUGGAGCUGGCCGCGUAGGAGGUGAGAGUCGGCCGCAAAAAUCCGCUCCGCGGCAUUUUCUCUUCAAACCCGCCGAGUCGGAUAUGGCAUUUGAAGAAAGAAGGCGUGGGUCAAUAAUCAACCCGCACUUUCUCCUCCAAACUGCUGACGCGACUCUCACCGCCCUCUCAGCCAGGCCAGCUGCAGGGAAGGCCAGCUCUCUGUGAGAACCUGCCCCGGGAGGGGACGGGCUGGGCCAAGGGGGCCGAGGGCGCCCAAGCAAGGGCUGGGGCGCCUAGAGCCCAUACUUUCCAGGACGCCAAGACCAAGCCGGGAAAACCUCGGAGACUGGACCUGAGGAACGAACGGCGGGAGCCCUGGGAGAUCUAGGGUGGGAACUCAGUCCGGAUCAGGGCCUCCACCCGCCCUUGACUAGGUGGCUUUUGAGUCACGGGCCCCUGCAGACAGAAGUGGGGCUCUGACUUCAAGACUAAGGUCUGGCAUCCCGGAACGCGGGCCUCAUGCUUCUCUUCUGAAAUCCAAAGGAUUGGCUUUGGAGCAAGCGCGGGCGAGAUGAUUGAAAAUUUGUAACAGCAGAGGUUGUUUGUUGGUUUGUUAUUU